GCCAGCCGCGGACGGAGUCGCUGUUGGCUGCCGGAAAUCGUCGAAAUUACGGAAAUUGCGGAAAGGGCGGCGCUAAAUAGCCCGCUGGACCAUUCGAGGGCAUUCCUGUAUCCACUCGGUCGGAAUCCCAUCGGGAGUUUUCCUCGUGUCGGAAGAAACAGUCGUUGUGCCAUGCUGCGAGACCUGACGUCGCCUCGUCAGUCAUGGACGCGCUCUUGAAGAUUCUGCCGGUCGUACUGAGUCUCCCAGGCCUGACCCAGGGCAACGUUUCUUCGGGAGGAUUCGCCCGUGAGGAUGGCUAUUACCUGGACUCGGUAGAGGAGUUCCUGCCGGCGGUCUCCUCGCCGGAGACUCUGGAGUGUCCUUCCGCAAACGUCAUCCGGACGCGAUAUAAAUGCCGGAAUCCUGAGGGAGAGUGGAUCGACUGUUCCAGGAUGCACUGCUGUCCUGGAUACACGCUCGUGGGUGCCAGGUGUCUCCAAAAUGGGAGCGAUCCCUGUUCCCUGGGGAUCUGCGAGCAGCGGUGCACUCUUCUUCUCAGAAGAGUCGUCUGUACCUGCUGGGACGGCUACAGGUUCCGCCCCGAGAGGCAGCGACGAGGCAUUAAGCCGGUCUGCGUUGACGUAGACGAGUGUAGCGAAGGAACCGCGAAUUGCGAACACACUUGCAGCAACUCACCUGGAGGUUUCACUUGCAAGUGCAACGAUGGUUUCGUCCUUAAGGCUGAUAACAAGACCUGCGAAAGGAUCCUCGAGGUAGUCGAAUCCGGGACCACGGAAAAGGGACCUUCCGAUAGUAGCGAUGAUAACCCCGGCGUCGUUGCUGCUGCUUCAAGGUGCUACGCCAGCUGCGACACCGUACUUCGUUUGCAGGAAAAGGUACGAAGGCUACAGGAAAGGAUCUCAGUUUUGGUGAACAGCAGAGUUUCGACAUCUUCAGGAUCCACGGGAAACCGUGGAUUUUCUUUUCCAGGCGAUGACAUCUCUUCGGCAUCGGAGGCCUACUCGAGGGAAAACGAGCGCACUUAUUCCAUCCUCGAUAGUUUUGUUCAGACAGACAACGAAUAUUGCAAGUGUCAACGUGGACCCAUAGGUCCCCCAGGUCCUCCAGGAGUAGCCGGGCAGAAAGGCGAGCCCGGGGAAAAAGGACCCAGGGGUCAGAAAGGUGCCACCGGGAGCUUCAAUUUUUUGCUCCUCCUGCUGGCCGACGUCAGGCAUGACAUUGUCCUGCUCCAAGAAAAGGUUUUCCAAGGUGAAACGCCGCCGAAGUUCGACUUUCAAGCAGCCCUGAAGAAGCGUCGGAUCGGCAAGGAGAGGACCAAGGCCUCGAAGCACCAAGGACCGUCCCGGAAAACCAUAGAGGACUUCCAGGCCACGAAAGCUCUAAAACUGUCCGACUACAUCCUGGAAGAAGACCUGGUCGAAACUUCCGGCGAAGACGUCGAUCAGUACGAAGAAACCGAAACGUGAACGCUGUUCUUCUUCUAUCCCAACCUGGACGCGAUUCUCGAAGAGCGCGAUCUUCCAACGCUAUCCAAGUCUUUAUAUGUAACGGAUGGGUGCAGACGCAAUAAUUAUUGACCCUGUUUAAUUUCUCAAUGCGUGGAUUAAUUUACAAACGUCAAUUGAGAUUGCGAGUGCACUGCAUCUGGACUGCGUUUAUUCAUAGUAAAGGGGUUGAGGAUGCCAAGAGACGUGGAAAGGGAAAAAUAGGAAGAAGGAUGUUGCGUGCGAAGAGGGGGUUAGCCUCUUCUUGGAGGGGGGCACAUUCUAUUCGCGUCUAUAUUAUGGAACGUGGUACACCCCUUCGGUGUAUCCACCUAAAGGGAACCUCGGCUCUGCCUAUCGGUGGGCUUAGAAGGGAGGGCUCUACGGCGCUUGCGUUUGCAACUGUUGCUACAUCGGGCCUCCGACUCGUAUUGGUCGAUGCAGGCUGGUCCUGCCGAGUAAAUCCGACAUAUCAACCCUCGUAACCACGCCCCGUCAUCCCUGCCUUCCGCGGGUGGCCGCGCCAUUCACCUCUUCACCCUGCGGAGUUUUGCAGACGCGACGAUGGCCCGAUGGGAUGACGCAUCGACCGAGCGCUGUUAACUAGAGAUGGGGUAAAUGUCUAUCGUCGAGGAGCUGGGAAAAUACAGAGAAAACAAUAGACACAGUAACUACGGACCUGGACUCCAAAAAAGAAAUUUAAAACCUAGACCACGGGAAAACCAGAGUAUCUCCCUGGAGAAUUAAUUAAUCCCAACGUUUAGAAUUUUGCCAAAGCGUGAAAAUAAGGGAUUGGCUAUCAAACAGCGAGAUUAAAUAUUAAUUAUUCGGGAACACCGAGGCAAACUCCGGUAGAAGUGCAAUAUAAAUGUAAAGAGGCGUCGUGGCGGGCUUGUCGGAUUUUCUUCGAGUUGGUUACCUGGAUUUUUUAUAUGCGCAUUUAUGCGUCGGUUGUUUAGCCUAGGUAAUAAGGUAUAUUUUAAGACGAUCGUUAUUCCGGGCAAAUCGAAUCGCGGAACGACCGGUUAGGUGGCUCGAUCUUUGCGGGCUGUUUCGACGCCUUUCCGCCAGUCAGCGUUCACGCGGAAAUCGACGCGGGGUGCGGAGACCUCCAGGUAUCGGCGACGAGUCGGAGUGCCCGAGAAUAUCGAGCAAAGCUCGCCGGAAAUAAAAAAUUACCUCGGGGGAAGAAA